GUACAGCCGUGUGUGUUUUAAAUCACCACAGUAUCUUCAGAGUGGGGUCAUCAAUUGUCAUAGCUAUGUCUUUUUUCUCUCCAAAGUGCCAGGUCGACCCCCGUGUCAGUUGUCUGUCAUUGUUGGCUGUUGGUAUGGAAGCUUUGGCAUUUUUCAAAUAUACAGACUUCCAAGGCUCCUUGGAUUCUGUUUUUGAUAUCAACUAAAUAAUUUAACUGUCAUUUUUGUUUUAUAAUUUGAUUGGGAAUGGACAACUGAGGAAAAUAUGUCUAGAUACAGGAGCAUACGAAUUGACAUUCACAACAACCUAAAAGACACCGUUGCCAAUGGUUACCUCAAUAGGUCAUACAAUGGCGGAAGAAACUAUGCAAAAUGGAAGACCUACUUCCGCCGGAACUUCUGCAAUCUGCCAAUUCACGAGGAUUGCAACGCCACGCGAGAUUUAGCAUAUCUGGAGAGAAAGGGAUAUAUAAAAGUUGGAGAAUACGACGUUCUUGUUGAUGUUUUCCGGAAAAUUGAUGAAAGAGCGAUAGAGUACAUAGAGAAAAGAACGUCUGAUAUAAAAGCAGUUGGAAAAGAUGUCCGAAAAAAGAAGUGGGCAAGACUGAGAGUUCUGGCGAAUCCAGCCAUUUUUCUCGAGGAACAGGAGAAAGUCUUCUCUGAACUUUUCCAGGCUAUCGCUGACCACAUGAAGCAUCCGCACUGGAACUCCGAUUUCCAAGCAGUGACCCGGAUGUCAAACGUCAUGGCCGACAAAUCAGACAUGAACACCCAUCUUGCAGAUUUCGUAAAUGGUUUGGUCAAAACGACGUCACACCUUCGCAACAUGACCGAUGACGUCAUUCAUAAAUUCGUCAUCGAAACUCUUAACUUCGCUACGUCACUUCGAACCGAUUUUGGAUUCGCCGUUCAGAAAAUAAGAUCAAAAUGUGUGGAUUUCUACGGCGAGUUUGCCAAAGAUCCAGAUCAGCAGAUGGAGAAUAAACUCCGUGAUUUUACCUGCGCUGAAAUGUCAACUUUGUUGUCACUAGCUGGUUUCAGUAAGAACCAAUUGAACCUGCAUAUGGAUCUACACUACUUUCCUAGGGAUAUUUACGGUAAAAUAAUGGAACACUGGGACUUUUAUCACCACACCAUGCAUCUUCAAAGGUCAAAGGACAAGACGUUUAUGAGUCAAGAUUUCAUUCAUAGAGAGAAUGAAAAGUUGAGAAGCCAAAAUCCAAGCAGAACUUCGUCAAGAUUCAAAUGAAUUACAAGGCUAAUUAAACAAUAAACAGCCCCCACCUGAUAAACCUUGGAUCUAUUUUUUUCUUACUAUCUUACAUUGUUAUUUUUCUUUCUUUUUCCAUUUUUACUUCAGGAUGCCUUGCAGAAGAAUAACAACGAACUAUUUCAUGUAUUUAUAUUUAAAUAAAAUGUACACAGAGUAAUA